GUGACUGUGUAGAAUACAGUCGUUUGACAUUCAUUAAGUUUGUCGUUACUAUGCAUUGUUAUUGCAUGAAAUAAGCCACAGCGGGGAAAAGAAAAUAACAGGGGGAAGGCGACAUCUGUUGCGGUCAAAACACCAGCAAUGCCACUCUUCGCGACCAACCCAUUUGACCAAGAUGUUGAGAAAGCAACCAGUGAGAUGAACACAGCUGAGGACUGGGGCCUCAUUCUGGACAUAUGUGAUAAGAUAGGGCAGUCACGCACUGGGCCUAAAGAAUGCCUCCGCUCUAUAAUGAGAAGAGUCAACCACAAGGAUCCCCACGUGGCCAUGCAGGCACUGACUCUCCUUGGUGCUUGUGUCUCAAACUGUGGGAAAAUAUUCCACUUGGAGGUGUGCUCCAGAGAAUUUGCCAGUGAAGUCAGUAAUGUCUUAAACAAGGGCCACCCUAAAGUGUGUGAGAAACUGAAGGCACUUAUGGUGGAGUGGGCAGAGGACUUUCGCAACGAUCCCCAGCUCAGUUUGAUCUCAGCCAUGAUCAAAAAUCUACGUGAGCAGGGGGUCACUUUCCCUGCUGUGGGGUCCCAGGCUGCAGAGCAAGCAAAAGCAAGCCCUGCUUUAGUAGCAAAGGAUCCUUCCACCUCAACAAACAAAAAAGAAGAAGAAGACCUGGCCAAAGCUAUUGAGCUGUCACUGAAGGAGCAACGUCAGCAGCCCCAGACCUCCCUGUCAAGCCUUUACCCCAGCACCUCCAGCCUGCUCUCCUCACACAAGUCUGACGGCAGAAAAGUCCGCGCCAUCUACGACUUUGAGGCAGCCGAAGACAAUGAACUCACCUUCAAAUCAGGAGAAAUCAUUACUAUCUUGGACGAUAGUGAUCCCAACUGGUGGAAAGGGGAAACAUACCAGGGUGUGGGGCUGUUCCCCUCUAACUUUGUCACUGCUGACCUCACUGCAGAGCCUGAGAUGAUGAAGACAGAGAAGAAGUCGGUCCAGUUCAGCGAGGACAUCCAGGUGGAGACCAUAGAGCCUGAGCAAGAGCCUGUAUAUAUAGACGAGGACAAAAUGGACCAGCUGCUGCAAAUGAUCCAGAGUGCAGAUCCCACAGACAACCAGUCAGACAGUGUUGAGUUACUACAGUUGGAAGGUGCCUGCAAUCAAAUGGGACCCCUCAUUGACCAGAAGUUAGAGGAUAUAGACAGGAAGCACUCAGAGCUGUCAGAGCUGAAUGUGAAGGUGAUGGAAGCUCUGUCUUUGUAUGCUAAGCUGAUGAACGAAGAUCCAGUCUACGCCAUGUAUGCCAAGCUGCAGAGCCAGCAGUACUACAUGCAGCAGCCUGCCAACGCAGCACAACAGGUCUACCCUGGUCAGCCUGCAUCAGGUUCGUACGCCAUGAGCGGUACCACAGUGCAGGGUUACACUGUUCCCAUGGAGCAGCUUCAAGCUGGAACCCCAAUGCCCGGCCAGCCGGCCCCCAGUGAUGUCCAUAUGUACAUGGGCCAGCCGCCAGUCUACACUGCAGCCCCGGGCAGCAUGGCCCCAGCAGAUAUUCACUCCUACCAGAAUCCCGCCAGCGCCCCUGGCCCCGCCUCUGGCACAAAUCCUAUGACACAGACGCCAAACUACAGCGCCCCCGCUGGCCAGAGCAUAGCACCUUCCUCAGACGCCCCACAGGCCCCCUACUCAGAAAAGGCUUUGCUAUAGGGCCACCUGAGCUCACCGUUGUCCUCAUGCAUACACGCACACACACACACGCCAGACCUGAUCAAAUAGUGGUUGUAAAUUAUUUUUUGCAUUUCGAUUAUCAUGUUUUAUAAUUUCUUUUCUCAUACACACCAGAUUAAUGGAAAAAAAUGAAGAUGUAGUACAUUGACAUUGAUAUCUGGCAUACUUAGUGUUUUAUCUGGCAGGAAUGAAGUUAAAUAUACAGUUACACUUGUCCUUCCAGGUUUAGAAGUGAUCACUGUAUGGUCUGAAAAUGGCCUCUGCUUCCUUUCAGGACUUUAUUGGAUUAAUUGUGUUCCUUUGUUCUCACUCUUCUCCUGCCUGUCUCUACAUGAUUCAGAUGUAAAGAUAUGGAGGAGCAUUCAGCUGCACUUUCAUCCUGAGUUGCACUU